AUGGCGCCAACAAAAUACAUCGAUCGCCCCGUGCCAACCAUCUCCCUUCGCGACUUUGACUCUCGAAUCGACCUGAUUACACAGGAACUUGUCGACGCUGCAGAGAAUCAUGGGUUCUUCUGUAUCGUAGAUCACGGCAUAGCACGCGAUGCUGUCGAUGGCAUCUUCAAUCAGUCAGCACGCUUCUUCAACCAACCCGACCCCGUAAAAUCGCAAGUACCUUUCUCUCCCCAGCACAAUGCUGGAUGGGAGAAGAACGCGCAAAUCCGGCCGUCAACUGGUGCAGUCGACCGCAAAGAGUCUUAUCAAAUGCAGUUUGGCGAGGGCAUGAACGGUCGAUGGCUGGAUGAUGAUAUCUUGCCUGGCUUUCAGGCGGAGGCCCUGGCAUUCAUGCACAAAGUACAGGCAGUCAGCGAAAAGCUCAUGAAGUGCUUCGCUCGAGGUUUGGACUUCGAGGACGACUACUUCAUCAAAGCACAUGAUGUUAGCAGGCCAGAGUCUCAGACUGUAUGCCGAUUACUGCACUAUUUCGAAACCCCGCGAUUACCGAAUCCCACAGGAGAAGUGCAUCACAGAGCGGGUGCGCAUGCUGACUGGGAUUUCCUGACUCUGCUGUUCCAAAAGGCAGGGCAGUCUGGCCUUGAGAUCUGUCCAGGGCGGGAAGUAUCGACUUCCUUUGGUUACGGAGACGCAUGGACGAAGGUCGAGCCGGACGCCGACAAAAACGCGAUUGGUAUGUGGAAUGUGUUGAUACCUGCCUGA